UAUUCACACAAAAAACAUAUAUAGUCCAAGACCCUAAAUGACAUGUUCUGCAAUUGAAGGUACAGUCUCCCAGCACUGCGCAGGCUCAUGCAAUCCAGCCUGUCAUUCCACCGCACUAACACGGGAGGGCAGCACGGAGAGUGUGGAUAGACACUGCACUGCCUUCGGUGUCUUCUGCAGCAGCAGGCAAGCCAGUAGUUUGAGGCCUAGUCUGUGCUACGACCGAGGCUAUACAGCUUUCAAGUCAUCUGUCGCCCCACCAGCCAAGGGUAACAGGCUUGCGGCAACUUACAUUAUCACUGCCCAACGGAGUCUUGCAAUCUAUGAUUUGUCAGCAUCAACGUUUUCUCCUGAUGGACGAGUUUUCCAGGUUGAAUAUGCAAUGAAAGCUGUUGAAAACAGCAGCACAGCCAUUGGGAUAAGAUGUAAAGAUGGAGUUGUCUUUGGAGUAGAGAAACUGAUUCUUUCUAAACUAUACGAGCAGGGCGCUAACAAGCGUAUUUUUAAUAUUGAUCGUCAUGUAGGAAUGGCAGUAGCAGGUCUUCUGGCAGAUGCACGAUCUCUUACUGAUAUUGCGAGAGAAGAAGCUUCCAACUUUAGGUCAAAUUAUGGAUAUGAUAUUCCACUGAGGCAUCUGGCGGACAGAGUAGCAAUGUACGUCCACGCUUACACGUUAUAUAGUGCAGUGAGGCCGUUUGGAAGCAGUUUUAUUAUGGGGUCUUAUGACAAGGCUGAUGGUGCUCAGAUGUACAUGAUUGACCCUUCAGGGGUGUCCCAUGGUUACUGGGGAUGCGCAAUUGGAAAAGCAAAAGAAGCAGCAAAAACAGAAAUUGAGAAGUUGCAGAUGAAAGAUAUGACUUGCAGGGAAGUGGUUAAAGAAGUUGCAAAAAUAAUCUACAUUGUCCAUGAUGAAGUAAAGGAUAAAUCUUUUGAGUUGGAGCUGAGCUGGGUUGGAGAAAUUACAAAUGGCCGGCAUGAACUUGUACCUAAAGAUAUAAAGGAGGAAGCAGAAAAAUAUGCCAAAGAAUCACUUGAGGAAGAAGAUGAAUCUGAUGAAGACAACAUGUAAUUAGUUUAUUUUCCAAAUAUACAGUACAGUUUGUAAUGACUCCUGACUUUUUAUUUUUAAAGUUGAAAUCAUAGUAUCAAGUUUAAAGUGUUUUCUCAUGAUUGUAAAUUUAAACUUGACCAAAUUCCUGUAGAAAUGGAGCUGGAGACAACUUCUUGCUGUUUAAAAAAGUAAUAUUAUUGGUCAGAUUCUGACCAAAAAUAAAAUUGUCCAUUGAGUUGGAUUUGCUUAAUA